AUGGCUGCAGAAGCACCUAGCUGCAAGGUCGUAUUGGCCAAAAACAUCGCCAAUGGCCUCCUACAAGAAGUGCACGACGGCCUCAAAACGCUAGGCAAGAAACCGCAUCUCGUCGGAUUUUUGGCCAACGCAGAUCCUGCUGCGCGCAUGUAUGCGGAUUGGACAGAGAAGACCUGCCACGAGAAUGGCUUCGAAUACMCCCGCCGCGACGUCGACAAAGAAGAAAUUGAAGAAGCCAUCCUAGCCGCCAACGCCGACGACUCGGUUGACGGCAUAAUCGUGUAUUACCCAAUCUUCAACAACCGCCAGGACCAGUAUCUGCAACAAAUCGUGGACGUAUCCAAGGAUGUCGAGGGGCUGAGUCAUCGCUAUGUGUUUAAUAUGUACCAAAACAUCCGAUUUUUGGAUGAGAAUGUCUCGACAGACAAAGGAAGUGGUGAAGGCGGAACUCAGAAAUCGAUCUUGCCAUGCACACCGCUUGCGAUUGUGAAGAUUCUGGAGUAUCUGAGGGUGUACAACACCAUCCUCCCCUACGGAAACAGGUUGCACGGACACACGAUCUGCGUCGUGAACAGAUCUGAAGUCGUCGGUCGACCACUCGCUGCCUUACUGGCUAAUGACGGCGCAUGCGUCUACAGCGUCGACGUCACAGGCGUCCAAAAAUUCACUCGCGGUGAAGGCCUGAAAAAGCGAAGACACGAGGUCGAGGAUAUGGAAGGCUGGACCAUCAAGGAUGCUGCGCCGUUGUGCGAUGUGGUUAUUACCGGUGUUCCUGGGGAUGGAUACAAAUUCGAUACAUCGUUGCUGAGAGGUGGAGCGGUAUGUAUUAAUUUUUCGAGUGAGAAGAAUUUCGGACCGGAAGUAAAGGAGAAGGCGUCUAUUUAUGUGCCGUCGAUUGGCAAAGUCACUAUCGUCGUGUUGUUGAGGAAUUUAUUGAGAAUUGUUCAGAACCGCGCGGUUUCGAAAGCAUAG